AUGUCUCAUGAAGGCUUAGGCACCUAUGGAAUUGAUAAAUUACACGAUAGAGAUAUUUUAGAACUUUUAAUGGCAGCCGAUGAAUUAAUAUUUGAAGAAUUGAUAAAUCCUAUUCAAGAUUACUUGUUACAACACAAUCUUAAAUGGAUUCAGGAGAAUGUUUUAUCAAUCUCUGACAGAGCAAUUGAUUCUAUUAUUAUUACACAUCAACAUGCUGCUUUGAUAGCAUCUUGGAUAGAUGGAAAAAUAGUUACUGAGGAACAAAUACCAAGAGAAGGUAAAGUAUUAAGCGAGGCUAAAUUAAGCAGGGUUAGGAAAGAUUGUGUUGGGGAUGCUAUACAACUUCAUGAAAAACUCGGACCUUCUUUUGGAUUUUAUGAAUUAAAAAUAAUUGACGAUGCACAUGAAUGUGGUUCUAGUUAUGCAUCAGGUGGUUUACGUUAUGAAAAUAAAAUAAGAGAUAAGGGUAAUUAUUUUGGAGUAGACGAUUAUGAAGUUUUUCAAGUGUUAAAAAAAUAA